AGUUUCGCUGCGCGGGGCACCGCACGAUUCGUGCAGCCGCAGCAGCAGCAGCAGCAGCAACAGCGCAAUGCGGGAGCCCGGGGCGCCACGGAGCUGGCAGUGAACCCCGACGAGAGUGAAGGAGCCGCGGGCGGCGUGGACCGGCUCGGGUGUCGCGAGUGUUCGCCCCGGCGCGCGCCGCCAGCGUCCCUCUCGCCCUGCGUGAUGGGGUAGCGGCUCUCGCUACGGUGGGCCACUGCAGCCGCCGUCGCCGUCGUAGCAACAGCAACAGCAGCCAUAGCAGCAGCAGCAACAGCAGCAACAGCCACAGCAGCAGCAGCAGCAACCCGUUCCAUCUCCGCCGACGUCUGUCGCCACCGCCGCUUCCACCACCGUUGCCCCCCUCUACCCCGGGGGGCGCCGAAUUCGUCCGUGUGAUGUCCCCUGCCCGAGUGCGGGGCCGCGCAAGCGAGGAGAGGCGGGCAUGGGAAACAAGCAGACGAUCUUUACCGAGGAGCAACUAGACGCCUACCAGGACUGUACGUUUUUCACAAGAAAGGAAAUUCUCAGGCUGCACGCCCGGUACCACGAGCUGGCGCCUCAGCUGGUGCCCAUGGACUACACCAAGGAGCCGGACAUCAAACUCCCGCCGCAGCUCAUAUGCAACAUGCCCGAGCUCAAGGAGAAUCCAUUCAAGCAGAGGAUCGUCGAGGUGUUCAGCGAAGACGGCUCCGGGAACCUGAGCUUCAACGAUUUUGUCGACAUGUUCUCAGUGUUCAGUGAGAUGGCGCCCCGCGAGCUGAAGGCCUACUACGCCUUCAAGAUCUAUGACUUCAACGCGGACGGCUUCAUCUGCAAGGAGGACCUGGUGGUGACGCUGAACAAGCUGACGCGCGACGAGUUGGCGGAGGAGGAGGUGACGCUCGUCUGCGACAAGGUGGUGGAGGAGGCCGACCUUGACUGCGACAACAAGCUGUCGUACGCCGACUUCGAGAACAUGAUCUCACGGGCGCCCGAGUUCCUCAGCACUUUUCACAUCAGAAUAUGACUGCCAGUGAGAUCGGAGAGAAAGAACCCCAAGAGCAGCAGCACAAGCUGGAGCGGAGGAGUGGGGGCGACGCUCGACUCAUCUCACCUGCUGCGCCAGAACUCAGCGUGGAGGACACUUAAUUGCGAUUUGCGAUGGUUACCCCCGCCCGCCCCAUCUGAUCACAUGGAACUGUGCAGCUUUACAAAAAAAGGGGGGGGGGGGAGAAACAGAAAAUACCGUGGAGCAAAUCGUUGAAAAAGGGCUACGUCUGCGUGCUCGCAUGCAAGGUGUAUUUUUAUAAUCGUGCUUUGUGACGAGUGGAUUAUUUCAAAUUUUAUCUUUUAUAAUGAGCUUUUGGCCUAUUUGUAGCGUGCAAAGCUUGUAAAAACACCAUCGGGAUUGGUUCCCGAAUGACCCCAAAUCCAUUUCACGUCCCUUCAAAACUCAAGCAGGCAUAAUCAAUUAAUAUUCUUUUUUUACACUGCCCAUAAAGACCUCUGAGAGUAUGUAAAUCACCAAGGGCUACGUGAACAUUUAUGCUACAAUGUUUAUAAUAAUCACUUUUAAUAUCCUAAUGUUUAAUCCUUAGCAAUUUGUUAUGCAAUCAGAGCCAUCCUUUGGCAAACCAAACAGGCACAUAUGUGCAGGAAAAAAAAAAAUCCUCCAUACAGCCUACACAGUCCGUUGGGGAAAGUGCUGUUCGCAAGCACCUAUUAAGGCCGGCGCAGCGCACGAGGGGGUGGUGGUGGUGGUCAGUGCUAUGAUCCGCCCAUCUUUGUAUCCCCAAGUGCCAAUGUUUACACACUGCAGCACACGACACUCAUUUAAGGCUGAGUCUACCUAAGGGAGGUCCAAAACCAGACACGCACACACAAUCAUGUUUCUCCGUUUAUGGAAUUGGCCCUUAACACAGAUUUUAUUUGAAUGUGGUUUCGCAUUUUCAUUUACACGUUGGCAUGUUGAACAUACCUUGCAAGGCUGAAAUACAGGCGACCCUGUGCACGUACAAUAUUAUUGGAUACAAAGUCAAAACACACACGUGCACCAAACUCAAAGACCUCGGCUAUUUCACGAUACAAAAAUAGGCUGCCAGCACGGAUUACACAAGAAAACAAUUUGUAUCGCUUAAUUUUUAAUUAUUUUUUUUAAUCUAAUUUUUUUUUUACUAACCGCGGAACCAUCUACUAUACAGGCUUAACUUACACGGACAGAAAAAUCAUUAUUUUGUUAAAAAAUAAAGCGUACACCCAACACAGCUACACAAACGCUUUUAAAAACAGUUACCGCGCCUUAGAUGAGAACAACGCGAGACCUGUCAGGGCUUAGGGCGAGUGUCUAAUGGAAGUGGUUCCUAAGCUUUUUUUAAAAAAAGGACAAAACAAAUAUCUAACAUAACUUAAAAAAACACACAUGAGCCCAACAACGAUCCACUGGAACGGAGAGAGUGGGGGGGGGAGGGAAGGUUUCACGGGCAUCGUGUACUUGUUUUGUGAAAUGCUUAAAAAAAUGGCUUCAUCGUCUAGAAAUUAGGUGGGCGAGGUUGCGAGGAAAGUGCAGCCGCGCUCGCAUGAUCCGGCGCACGGCACUGACUCGUGACCCCAAUGUUUACUUUAAACGCAAAGAUCCCGUCGUGGUCGUCGUCAUCGUUAUACCCAUGAAGAGUUUUCUCACUGCGCCAACGAAUCGGUGACUCUGCACAUAACUGUAAUGUAAAAAAACCACGCUUACAAAUAAUACUUUCAGGUAGUCUUGUAAGA